AUGUCUCGCAUGUGGGAGGUCGACCCAGAGACGAGGACAAAGCUCCUCCAAAUCUCCAAGACGAACGGAAACGACAAGUGCUGCGACUGCGGCGCCCCCUCGCCUCAAUGGGCCUCCCCAAAAUUCGGCACAUUUAUCUGCCUCAAUUGCGCCGGCAUCCACCGCGGCCUAGGCGUGCAUAUCUCCUUCGUCCGCUCAAUCACCAUGGACGCCUUUAAGAACGCCGAGAUCCAGCGCAUGGAACUGGGAGGCAACGAGCCCUGGAAGACUUUCUACGACGCCCACCCCAUCCCAGUCUCUGAGGGCCGCACCUUCGAAGACUCUACAAUCAAAGAGCGCUACGACAGUGAAUCCGGCGAGGAGUGGAAGGAGCGCUUAUCGUGUAAGGUCGAGGGCCGCGAAUAUGUCCAGGGCCAGGAGAAGAAGAAUAACGAUAACAAUACGAUUCGGUCGAACACGCCUAUGAGUUUAAGUGGUGCGCGUGCUGGAUCAGGAUCACCGGCUGCGUCGUCUAUUCGUUCUGAUGGACAGCGGGGUGCUGGCGCUGGUGCUGGUGGUGCCGGUGGAGGCAAGAAAGAGCAGAAUGAGGCGUACUUUGCGAAGCUGGGUUCUGAUAAUGCCUCGCGCUCGGAUAAUCUGCCUCCGUCGCAGGGUGGCAAGUUUACUGGGUUUGGAGGUGGCAUGCCUGCGCCGUCUGCUAGUGAGAAGCGGUCUUCGACGUUUGGGGGGUUUGGCGGAUGGGGUGGUGGCGGCGGUCAAUUCGAGGAUCUUCAGAAGGAUCCCAUGGGCACGCUCACUAAGGGUUUUGGGUGGUUUACUUCUACUGUUGGGAAGGGUGCUAAGCAGGUUAAUGAUUCUUAUCUGCAGCCUACGGCUAAACAGUUGGCUGAAUCCGACUUCGCGGCUCAAGCGCGUGUUCACGCCUCGGCCUUGGGUCAGAAUCUGCAGACUGGAGUGCGCGGUGCGGCUGAUCAGUUCAACAAGUUCGUCGAAGGGGACGAUGGACGAGGUGAAUACCAACGCACUCGCAUGGAACCUGAACGCCGAGAUUUCUGGGAUGAUUUUUCGUCUCUAGGCUCGCAGGAGCCGGCCGGCCAUCGCCGCAGUGGAUCACAGCGGUCUCAACGAUCUGAUGUUGUUGGUACUGCUGCUCUCCGGAAGGGCCCCACGACGUCGUCGUUGGCUAACUCGACGCCUGCUUCUGCUGGUGCUGAACAUGGAGAUGGUACUACAGCUGUAUCGACCGGUAAAGGGAAGGACGAAUGGGAUGAUAACUGGUAG